GGGAACGGGAGAGGGAGAGGGAAAGAGAGAGGCUGGAGAAUGAGAGGAUGGAGAGGGAGAGAGAGAGGGAAAUGCAGGCUGCAGGUUUAGACGUUUGUGGGAACAUUGUGGGACGAGGAGGAAACGAGAAGAACAUUGUUGUCAUGAACCAGCACCAGCACAGAGAGAUGGCAGCCGCCAGAGCUGACGAGAACAAUCCAGGUGGUCACAACCCUCCAAACCACAACCCGCCCAAGAUCAUGCCCGUGUCAGGAAAACUGGAACAGGCCAUGCAGAACAACUCAGGCCUCGUUCGUCCCUCUGCCUUCAAGCCGGUGGUUCCCAAGAGCUUCCACUCCAUGCAAAACCUUGUGAGCCAGGCAGGAGGGGCUGGGAGUGAGGGCAAGACUGAGGCAAGGAGUGAGGGGUUCAGUGAGAGCAGAGGAGGCAGGAGAGGCAGGGAUGGAGCAGGAGGAGAGGCAGGAGAGGUCCCAGAGGCCCUGCUCCUGGACCAGGACAGUCCAGUAAGGGGGGGCAGGAGUGAGGGUGGGGGAAAUGGAAAUGAAGUGGUUCAGGGAGGGAUGUCUGACUCAGGGAGGAACUCCCUGACCAGCCUGCCCACGUAUACUGGCUCGGGGUCUGGUUGCGGGCCCCCAGCAGUCCUGGGGCCUCUCAGCGCUUCCACCAGUCAUAUCAACAGAUUAGGCAUGGCAGGGGCAGCUGCAGGGCUGGACAAGCUGGAAAAGCCCGGCUACCAGAACGGGCUCAGCGCCUCAGACAGCGGCCGGUCGUCCUCGGGAAAGAGCUCUUCGUCCUAUCAGAGACUGAGCCACCUGAGUGACGCCCCAGCACCUCUACGGCCCUCCCCCUCCUCUGAUGACAUCAUCCAGGAUCUUGAAGACCGCUUGUGGGAGAAAGAGCAAGAGGUGCAGCACAUGCGCAGAAACCUGGACCAAAGUGAGGCGGCAAUCAUUCAGGUGUUUGAGGAGAAGCAGCGUGUGUGGGAGCGACAGAUGGAUGAGCUGAGACAGAACUAUGCCUCACGCCUGCAGCAGGUUACCCGGCGGGCUCAGCGCUCCCAGACUGCCCUGCAGGCCCAGAUAUCCCGUCUGUCCCAGGACAAGAGGAGGCUGCAGGAGGAGAUGGCGGCUCUGUUGGCUCAGAGGGAGGAGCUGGAGAGAAAGUGUCUGGACUACAGGAAAGAGCAGGCUGACAUCUUGCCUCGUCUGGAGGAGACCAAGUGGGAGGUGUGUCAGAAGGCUGGAGAGAUCUCCCUGCUCAAGCAGCAGCUGAGGGAGAGUCAGGCUGAAGUGACCCAGCGAGCCGGGGAGAUGGUGGCCCUGAGAGGUCAGCUGAAGGAGCUCAAUGCCCAGCUGAGGGAGCGCGAGGAGACCAUGCUGGGGCUGAAGGACUCCUACAGCACCAAGAGUCUGGAGCUUGAGAAGUGUGAGGGAGAGCUGAGGAGGACUCUGUCAGAGGUGUCCGUUCUCAGAGAGAAGCUGGGUGUGUUUGAGGCAGAGGUGCUCAGUUUAAAGCGGGCUCUGAAUGAAGUGAGCAGAGGGGCAGAAGUAGUCGUGAGCCCUAACUUAGCUGCUGCGGGGCUGUUGCCGCCGUGGGGAGCUGUCCACUGCCCACGAAUACCCCCAGAGACCUCAACCAACUCCCUCACCCCAACUUCCGACACCCUGCUGAGUCUCCAGAGUGAUGAAGCCAAAGCUCAAAGGCAGGAGGCUCAGAGGCAGGAGAGGCAACGUGAAGAGGCUCAAUGGAGGGACGCACAACAGCGACAAGAUGCGCACAUGCAGCACGACAUGAGGAUGCGACAGGACGCCCAGAUCAGACCAGAAGCCCAACUGCGGCAGGAGGCCCAGCACCGUCAGGAGGCUCAUCUCCGCCAUGAAGCACAGCUGCGGCAGGAGGCCCAUAUCCGUCAGGAGGCCCAGCUCUGCCAUGAGGCCCAAAUGCGACAGGAGGCCCAGCUACGUCACGAGGCACAACUCUGCCAGGAGGCCCAACUGCGACAGGAUGGUCACCAACCUCAGCGGAACCAGGAGGGUCACUGGGACGAGUCAGGGGAGCUACGCAGGCAGCUAGAACAGCUGCAGGCUGCACUGCGCCUGGAGCGGCAGCAAAGGGAACGUCAGGCCCUCAACUUUGACCAGGAGCGACACACCUGGCAGGAUGAGAAGGAGCGCGUUUUAAAAUACCAGGCACAGUUGCAGCUCAGCUACGUUGAGACACUGCAGAAGAACCAAGCCUUAGAAAAACGUAUGAGCCAGCUGGGAGCCAAAUCAACCACAACCUCCACCACAACCACUGUAACCACUACCACCACCACCUCCCCCACGUCCUCCAACUCUUCCCCUCCACCUCCACCUCCGGCCCUGUCACCUUUGUCUCCUCAGCCCCUACCCUCCAUCUCUGGCCCCAUCGCCCUCACCAUUUCCCCGCCUUGUGAGGACCAGAAGGGUCCUCCGUCUCUCCACCAGCUUGCUCCUCCCUGGGCGGGACCCUCACGCCUGGAGAGGAUAGAGUCCACUGAGAUAUAGACACGUUAUCCAGCUUAAUCCACUCACAGUGACAAGGCCUCUCAUACAAAACCACUACAGCUUACAGGUGAAAAAACACUGCAGUCUACAAUAGAAUAAAUCAGCACAGUUUGGCAUACUUUUCAAAGCAACUAAAGACACUGAGCAUCAACAGAGGCCGACUGUUACAUCCAACAUGAUCAGUAUCAAGCAGAUCAACUGAACAGAAAGUUGAAAUACAUUCAAUCUACCAAUGAUUGUUAACCUCCUAAGCAGCCUUUCUCUCACUAGUUGCACACUUCCACGUUUCAUAAUCAGUGUUCAUGAAAAGUGUGCCACACUGACAGAUGGCAAAAAAAAAACAACAACUGUUAAAUGACAAUGUUUAGAAUACAGCACUAAUACAGGGGUCAUUUUAUUGCCCAAACUAGAAAGGACCAAGACAAUCAGGGAUAUUGUCAGAAAUGAUCAACGAGAAUAUGAUGCGGUAUUUAUUCAUUGUAAGUCUUUGUCACUGGUAAUGUAAAAGUAGAAUUAGUGGUCAGAGUGUGUGAUGUUAUCUUCAUUUGUGGCCAGAGAGCGCCUUACUCCGUCCUUUCCAGCAUGUAGAAGAGAUGAACAAACGCUGGGAAAUAGAUGGAGGAAAAAAAACAUCAAGAGUGUGAUUAUCAUUUUCAGUGCUUUAAUUAUGAGAUCAGCAAAACAGUAACAAAGAAUCAUCACACAUGGCUGGACUUAUUUAAUUUGAAACCCAGCAGAUAUCAAUGUUAAAGGUCACACAGACUGAUUCUUGAUUUCAAGUCAUUUCAUGAACAGGGUCCAACAUGCAUGGGUCAUUUACACACAUCAUUAAGAGCAACAGAGUUUAUAUUUUCUACAAAUUGAAUAAAAUAGAUAUGUUUAGCAGAUAAUCAACCCCAAAUGAAUAUAGAAUACGUUUUAAGAUGACGGGGGAACCUGGUUCGCCUUCACCGCAGGCCGCCUGCAGUGACUAAAAACAACCACUGGAGGUCGUGAGAGAGCUGAAAACUCAACUUUCCUCCCAUCUAGCUGCAAGAAGAAUGUGAAUGAAAGCACACGAUUUGAAUUUAAUUAUUAUGACAAUUGUGUCAUUCACUUUGUGCAUUUACAGCCAAGAAAUCGAAGAAAACAGUCGGCAUUUCCAAAGUUUAAAAAAAAAAAAUUAUAGAAUGUAUGAUAUAAUAGAAACACUUAUAAUAGUUAUAGAUUGUAAAUGUGUGUUUGAGUGAGUGAGUGUGUGAGAGAGAAAGGGGGUGUGUGCAUGUGUGUAUACAUAUGAAAAGCUUCAGCUUAUGAGAUUGACGAUAGAGGGACUAGUGGCAAUACAGCAAGUGAAGAUAUACAACGUGCAAAGGGAUUGGAUUUUUUGCAGGUUGGGGAGUAAGUGGUACGUUCAUCAAAGCUUGACACAAGGACAGUGAGACACAAAAGUCAAACUGAGGGGAGUCUGUAUGUCUUUAAAAACUCUCACUUUCCUCUGUAUGGUUCAUCUAGAUGAAGCGGGGGAGAAGGAGGUUUAGAAAAAAAAUCAAAAAAAGUGGAGAGUCGUCUUUUUAAAGGAAGCAUUCAGGCUAACUGCACUAUGUAGUACACACGAGUUAUGAUGUACAGUAGACUCAGAUGUGAAUAUCAUGGCUUUUAUAUGUGUUGUUUAUGCCAGCAUACAAAGAUGUUGCUCAAGAAUAUUAACUUAUCUCUAAAAUAUUACAUAGUAUUAUCAUCUUUAUUACUGUUAUUAUAUUAUGGUGAACUGACAGAGAAAAUAUGUGCCAUUGGAGCUUUCCUUUCUGUGUUUUUCUAAACUGUGUAGAUAGCCUAUUGGCCUAUACCAUAAUGGUGCAAUCAUAGCAACCCUGUCCAAAAAAUGAUGUUCUUUUUGAUGUAGGUGAUAAAUGUAGUUACAGUAUUGCAUUAUUUAGAGAACAAAAUGCUAUGGAUUUUAUACAUGUUUCAACAUUAUUGUUUGCAUUUAUGUUAUUAGUACUGUUCUGGCUUGAUUAAAACCCCUCCUUUGUUAAAAUUCAACAAAACUAAUAAAGAUAUGUGAAUAAUUCAGAA